UCAUCACACACAACGCAGUCAGCCAGCGGUCGAAGUCAACGUCAACGCGUGUGGGGAGGUCCACAAUCGUCUUAAGUUUUUCCACGUUUUCCUCCAUUGAUCGGGAAAAUUCGGUUCGCUUUCGGUGAAUUCGCGACGUGUGUGUGCCGUGAAAUGUUUGGCGCGUGUGGAAUUUGAAAAUAGUGCGCUUCCUAAACGAAACCUAAAGUGGAAACUUAUUUUUUGGAACAAAGUUUUUAUAAGGGAUAAAAGAGAGUGACACACCAGAGCGCAGCGAUAGAGGUGGAAAUUAUUGUGCAAAUUUUCGCUUCAAGUUGCUACAAUGGCAAAAUAUGUUUUCCAUUAAAGAUGAUGCUGAAAAUACGCGAGUGAUUACAGCUGCCGAUGUGCUCGAAGUGUGCGGAAGUCGUCGCGUAUCUCCGCCGAUGGUGAUUUAUCUCAAGAGGAUGUUCUGAAAUGUUGAGUGAUUUUUUUCUACUUCAUACUUUGUGAAGGGAGUGUUCCAAUCAGUGAAUAGAAAGGAGGUUUUAUUAUUGGAAUAAAUUGUGCAUUUUAUUAGAAUAAAAAGGGGCAAAAGGUGUUCGUUGGUUAACUGACCAACACGAUUCAGUGAAUGGGUUAUCGGAAAGCUUCCGUACUACAGUUAAUAAAAGGCCCAAUUUGAUCAACAGUCUUGUCGUCGUCGUCGUACACAGAAAUAAGAAGAAGUAGUGUAAUUUGUGGGAGAAGUGCCUCGGAGAAGAAAAAUAAACCUUAGCCGAUAUCAUUCAUUCAUAUAAACUACUGGAUAGUUAAAUCAAGGAGGACCACAUUGUAUUCUUGGAUAUUCGACUUCGUCAUCAUUUGGCAGUGAGCUGGACUGGAGCCAAUCAGCAGCCUGAUCAUCGGCAAACGAAACAACAACAGGAAUAACAUUCAAGUUGACAAGAUGAGGCCAGGCCAUUUCCACGGUACCGAAAGAGGUUGAAUUGAGAAGAGUAGCGAAAAGGCCCCAACCCAACUGCUACUGUCUGUGACACGAGGGAGGGCAGCGUGUGGCGUGAGGAGGGGACACACUGAUUCUUCGCCCUGGGUCUCUGCCUCUGCGUUGUUGUUGACGUGAUUAGACUCCACCAGAAGGAGCAGCCAGCCAGUUAGCCACCCGAAAGGGGAAGAAAAACAGAAAGCAACCUAUACCGGUUGAUAACGACGCAACGCCGCUAGUGUCACCACCGGACUUUGAGAACCGGUUGUUGUUGUUGUUGUUUGGUGUUUUUUUUUUCUGCCCUAGCCUAGCCUAGCUAGCGGCCCAACCCUCAGAAAUAUGCCUUUGCCAAAGCGACUGGUCCAGCCGGUGUACGUGGCCCGGUCCGUUUACGUGCGGGAAGAGCUUCCGGCCGAGCUUGAAACGGUCACCAACACCACCCUAACGAAUAUCGUGCGACAACUUUCGUCGCUUUCGAAACAUGCGGAAGACCUGUUCGGGGAGCUGACGAGGGAUGCCGGUAAUCUGGCCGAACGGGCCAAUUCCCUGCAGGCCCGGAUAGAUCGGCUAGCCAUCAAAGUGACCCAGCUGGACAGCACCGGGGAGGAAGUUUCACUUCAGGACAUUCAGCUGAAGAAAGCGUUCAAAAGUGCCACCGUCUUCGAUCAGCAAAUCUUCUCCCGGGCGACGAUGCCCAGUGCGAUGUUGGAUGUUUAUCAGACCUGUGACAAACCUCCUCCACUGGACAAGCUAAACUGCUACCGGGACGAUGGCAAAGAUGGACUGAAAUUCUACACCGACCCCAACUACUUCUUCGAGCUGUGGAGGCAAGAAAUGCUGAAAGACACCGAGCGUGUAAUGCACGAUCGCGGCAAGAAGGUGCACAAACCCCGUGGAGCGGAAGGAACCGAAGGAGGAGGGCGCCAAAAGAAACGGCCACGUGCCCCACACAAUACCCGAGAAAAACAACGACAACGAGCCAUUGGCCAUGGGGAAACGUUGAUGCCGAACAAUGUGAUCUAUCGCACACCACAGGCAAUCGCACAAGCACAAGAGGAAGCAAUCUACAACAGCACCAUGGGCGGCAAUAUUAUCUACGAUCCAAGAAACUCCGGCCCGCCGAGACCGAACUCGAUCGAGCUGCGAAGAAGUUACCCUCCGGAAACGGUAGAUGGCGGCUAUGCUCCUCCAUCGCCUCACUAUCAGCAACAACAGCAGAUGGGACAACCGAACAAUUACCAGCAACAACAGAUGUACGAUGAGUACAACGGACAGCCGCUCUAUGGUGCCAACUCAAGCCAAAUGUCCCAGGAAAGCCUGUACGCUCCGGGAACUCCCUCAAGGACCAAAUCGCGGCCCUCGCAACCUCCACCAGCUCCUCCGUCAACUGGCAGUGGCAACGGAACACCAAAUGCCUCGAACGCCAACACCCCAACCCGUGGCCGAAGUAUGUCCACUGGUCGGGACAAUCUACCACCUCCACCGCCAAUUCCGGAAGGACUCCAGUCGCCACCCAACAUUCCAAACGGUGGGGCGAACGUUGCCGCCAAAUUGUUGAAUCGAGCAAACUCUCGAUCAGGCUCCCCUCAGCUCGGUGCCAAUGGUCAACCCACGCAGCCGCCGAUGAACACCGGUGGAGGACAGAUGGGUGUGGUCCAGCAACACGCGCAAGCCAUGAUCGACCAAAACCAACUAGCCCUGGCCCAACUAAACCAACAGAUCAACAACCUAAACCAUCUGAACAUGCAGCUAAACCAGUUGUCGGUCAACGAUUUACCCCCGCCACCACCAAUUCCCGAACAGCUUUCACCAAAGCAGUCUCCGCCGAACGUGGCCCCACCACCUCCUCCACCGCCGCCACCACUGCUAGAUGGACCGCUUAGUCCCUCGAAGCCACCACAACAGCUUCCCAAUGGCAACGUCAUGCCCAACGGUAACCUCAUCAUGGGCCAGAUGCAUCAGCUAAAGAAGAUUCCUCCCCAGGAGAAGAUCGCUUACGAGGACCCCCGUUCGGACCUGAUGAAGGCCAUCCGGGAUGGUAUAAAACUACGCAAGGUGGAGCAGCGCAACGACGCCAAGGACAGUGACCGUACCAUCGAGCGGUUGCACGAUGUCGCCUCGAUCCUGGCUCGACGGGUAGCUAUCGAGCUGAGCGAAUCGUCCGAUUCCGAAAGUGAUGACGAUAGCGAGGGUUGGAUGGAGAACGAAACGUCCGCAUGACAACACGAGAAUGCCGGCACCGGACAGGCCAUUGCGGCCGGUGGCGGCAAAAAGAAGUAAACGUGGAGUCGAAAAUGUGCAAAAUUGAAACAAGAGGGAAAAUCAUGCAAUCUGGUCACUUCCAAGAUUUUUUGAAAAACGAAAAUUUAUGCUGAAUGUUUUUAGACAGAGAUAUUCGGCGGUUCACUUCCUUUGUUCUGUUCAUUUUUUUUCGGAUAUAGUUUGUUUAGGUAUGAGAUUCGAUCAACGGUUAAUCCGAAUAAGUGUUGGCUAUUGGUUUCACUCCAGCCUAGGAAAAAAACGAAGAGAGAUAUUAGCACAAACGGGUGCGUUGCAUAUAGGACAGAAAAAACACGACAGACGGUGGGAAGAGUGAUAUUAAAAACAGAAAAGAACACAGAUGUAUAUUUUAUUGUAAUUAUUAAGUUAUUUAUUAAAAGAGUAAUAGAGCCCGGGGAAGAAAGAAUAGGAAAAACGAAUUACAAGCCUAUAGCGAGCGAGCCUCUUUUUUUAGCUUUGAUGAUGAUUUUGUACAGGUUGCACUUUUUUUAAAUUGAAUUCUAGGCCAGUCGUGUAAUGUAAAGAAGAUGAUUGAAAUUUCAAAAGCAAAAUUUUUGAAUAUAAUAGAAAAACAAAUGGAAAAAAUCAAAAACUUGUUGGUAGAGAAAAACAAAACCAAUAAUCAUUAGAUGACACACACAAUUAUCUAAACAAACAAACCGUAGUAAUGAAUCCAUUAAGUCGUUGAAGGCAAACAUGCAACCAAAUAACUCCAGUGCCCUUUCGCUAACGACCAAUGGCUGUACGUUUUUUUGGGUAUUUAUGAGUAUGUAAGCAAAAUUAAUUAAACUAUCACAUUCAAAUGAAAUUCUUGGAUUUUUCUACAAUUAUUUUGAUUUUUUUUAAAUAUAUCUUCCUCUCGGAUUGUUCCUGCAGAUAAUUUUCGAAAUUGCAAGUUAUUGUUAUCUUUUUAGCAGCAUUGAUCGUUAGCGAGUAUUCAUUCCCUAUCAGCAAAGAUUCCGUACUCUAGAAUGUAUUCAGACCAAAACAGCCAACAGCAGAAUGUCUAAAUUGUAAGCAAACACCAUUGUUCUAAACAUGAAAAGAACAAGCUAAAAAUAACGAAAAAAAAAUACCCCAUUCGAAAAACCCCCACACGUGGUCAAAGACUCUAAAACUCACAAAGCAAAAAAAAAAAAAUUCAAAAGUCUUGCUUUGCAAAAACACACAGCUUUUGAAAAUAAAAUGUAAAAUAAAAUGUCGCAACCAUUUGGAAUAGAUGUUUAUUUAUAGUAGAAACAGCUCAAAUUUUUGGCGAAGUAAAACAAUGCUAGUUAGUGUUUUAGAAACGUUAGGAUACUCACAGCGAAGAGAAGACAAGAAACGAACCUUUCUCUCCUCUUAACCGACUGUUUAAAUUGGUUGGUAGUAAAAUUGCAACUUCCCUAUUGUCUCUAUAUCGAAAAAAAAUCCCUUUAAUAAACUUUACCGGUUUGUUAAAUCCUUUCAAUGAUUUUAUCGCAUUGAACGAUUUGAUGAGCCAGUUGAGUUACCCAUUAGCAGUGUGUCAGAAUCUUAAGGUAAAAAGAAACCUAUCGAAAUUUAAACAUCUUUGUGCUUUCUUCUUUUAAAGCUUAACUAAAUUUGCAGCUUGCUUCUGUGCUCCAUGAGAAAAUAAAAUAAAAAAGAAAACAAUACAAUUUUCAAUUGCAUCAAAUGCUUUGAUAAGAAAAAUAAAAUGAACAUGAUCAUCAUUGCUGAAAAGACUUAUUAGAAAUGGAACGGAUAACAUAAAAAGUACAGUUUAAUAGCAUAUUCAACUCAUCGACUCAAGAAAGAAUUCACAAUCGUUUUUUGGUUUCCGUUUUUGAUUAUAAUAUCCUAUUGAAAUCUUGUUAAUGUGUAACGAUAGCCAAUUGCGUACCGGAGAUUGUUUGUGACCGAAACUGAAAUAUUAAAAAAAACAACCAAUAGCAAAACAAAACAUGUAAUCAAAGAGGAAAAGUCACAUUUAUGCUUAAACACACAAUAUCGUACUCACUCAUAGAUAGCCACUCUCUAGCAAGGAUGAUAAAACCAAAUAGAUUCAUAAACGCCUAGCAGUGGAAGUUGAAAGUCGAAGAAUUUGGAAACUCACCGAACGUUUGCUAGUACAUAGCUAGAAAAGCUCACACAACAAUGACGCAUGACAGAGAAAAAGUGGAACAAAUCUAUUCCAACGCCAAAGCUAGGGAAUCACCAGUUCCACAAACCAUUACCACGACAUGAAUCAACAACUUAGAUUCAAUUAAAAAAGCUUCGAUGCAACAACCACAAUCGAAUGAGAAGAAAAUUAACAUCGUAAUCUUGACUAAAACUAAAACAGCAGAAUGCCAAUUCAAAGUUUUCGUCGGGUGGAACGUUCCCAAUAAAAAAUUAUGUCCAGGUUAUUUCCAUAUAACACAGAGAAAGAAAAUGUGUUAAGUCAUGGCUACGCGACGGUUGAAUUGACUCAGUUGAUUGGUAUCAUUUAUUCUAUUGUAGAUUGUUUUAAACUUUUUCUCUAAUUCUUAUUAUGAAAACAUUUCCAAAGCUUAACGAUUCAAUUUGAACAGAACUCCUACUAAAUUUGUUUGUUACUAAAUUGUUUCAGCUUCACUUAUUCAAAAUGUGUAUUGGCUCCUCCAAAAACUAUCAACCCAAAUGUCGACCAAACGAACCGUACGUAUGCAUGAUCUUACCAGGGCCACAAGUUAGCAUUAUAUUGUCGUUUGAUUUUUGUUUAUUUUAUGUUAUAUACAAUGAUACUAGUAACGAAUAAGUCAAACAGAGAUACAUAUGUUUAUAUUGUUUUUUUUCCUUUUUUUUCAUAUAAGUAUUUGCUUCUCCUUAGGCUACCCAUUUCAUCAAAAUGCUAUUCCAGUCGCAGAUUAAUGUUUAUUUUUGUUUUAUAUGUUUAUAGUUAAUGAUAAAAGAAAAGAAAAACAGAAAAAAGUCUAGAAUUCAGAUAACACACUAUUUGAAGAAACCGAUUUACAAUUAUUACUUUAAUAUUUGUUUGUAUCAUACACCCUAGCAAACUAAGGUAACAAACAUUACAUAAUAAAUAAAAGUUUGGCAAGCGCAGCGAGCGAUUGCAGCAGAAAAUAAGAAAAAAAACGGAAUGAAUACCAACCUGCUGUCACUUUCAUAUACAUAUAGAUCUUACUAAGCGAUGGUAAACGAAUGGAAUAAUAACAUUUAAAAUUUAUUA